AUGGUUCAUGGUGACAGUGAGGAUUCAGACCAUUUAUAUACACCACCAGGGAGUGAUGAUGAGGAUGAAGGCAUGAAGUACCCUACCUACAAGUCUAGUCAGGGAAUGAAGUUUCAGCUAAGGAUGUUGUUUACUAACAAAGAAAUGAUAAGGGAUGUUGUCAAGGACUAUGUCAUGGAGAAUCAGAAGAAUGUAUUCAUUAAGAAGAAUGAUUCCAAAAGGAUUGUGGUCAAAUGCACUGAUGGUUGUAAGUUCUACAUGAGAUUUAGCAAGAGGAUUAGCAACCAGUUUUGGCAAGUCGUGACUUUAAUUGAAGACCAUACAUGCCAUAGGACUGUUGAAAACAAGAGUGCAAAGACAAAGUGGCUUAUCAAUAAGUUUUCAAGCAUACUUAGACAUAGUCCUUAUAUGAAACCAUCAAGCCUCAGAGUUGAAGUUGUUAAGAGAUGGGGAGUGAAACUAAUACAUGAUCAGGUAUACAGGGCAAAAAGGAAAGCAAUGGAGUUAGUGGCUGUAAUGGAAACCAUGUGUUUGAAAGAAUUUGUUUGUUUAGAGGCUUGUAAGACAGGGUUUGCAAAGACAUGCAGGCCUCUUAUUGGGUUGGAUGCAUGUUUCUUGAAAAGGGAUUAUGGUGGAAAAUUAAUGGCAGCAGUAGGGAGGGAUGGCAAUAACCAAAAUUUUCCAAUUUCAUAUGUUGUAGUUGAAGCUGAAACAAAGGAUUCAUGGCAAUGGUUUUUAAGCCUUCUUAUGCCUGAUUUGGAAGGAUACAGUCAGAGGUCCUAUGCAUUUAUAUCAUAUCAGCAAAAGGGACUAGUUCCAGUUGUUCAAGGCAUCAGUGCCAAUAUGGAGUGCAUAUUAUGUGUGAAGCAUUUAUAUGGCAAUUGGAAGAAGAAACACCCUGGAUUGGAAUUAAAGGAAGUGUUGUGGGCAGCUGCUAGGGCAAUAAUAGUUCCAGCAUGGGAAAGGGAAAUAUUGAGGAUGAAGGCAAUGAAAGAGGAUGCAUGGAAAGAUAUGUUAGAUGUCCCUGCUUUCCAUUGGAGCAGAUCACACUUCAGAACAUAUUCAAAGAAUGACUUACAAGUGAACAACAUGUCUGAAGCUUUCAAUAAGGAAAUAUUAGAGCAUAUGGAGAAGCCUAUUAUCACUCUAUUGGAAGGCAUCAAGCAUUACAUCACCAAGAGGAUGACAAGAAAUCUACAUUUAUGGACACUUACUCAAACAUUGUGUAUCCAACCAAUGGACCACAAUUGUGGCAUUAUUGGUUAUAUUAAUGUUCAUUUUGGUUAUGUUAAUGUUCAUUUUGACAGUAUUGACAGUAUUCAGUAUAUUAAUGUUCAUUUUGACAGUAUUUUCAAUAUAUCAGACAACAUUAUCAGUACUUUAUAA